AUGGGAGGUUGUCGGUGUACAUAUCGCAAUUGUGUGGUAAAGACAGAUGGAAAAACACAUAUGUUUCAUUAUCCCGUGUUUGAUAAAGUAAGGUGUCAUCAGUGGUUAAUAAAUGCACGACGACUAGAUUUUCUUAAUUUAAAAGUGUCUCAACUAAAGAAUAGAGUUGUGUGUCAAUAUCAUUUUAAAGAUGAAUAUUUUAUGAACUUUAAGAAAGAAAAACUUACUUUUGAAGCAAUACCUACAGAGGAUGGGCCUUACUGUGAUCCCAAUACAUCAGUUGAUAACUCUCAAGAUUAUUAUAAACUAAAUCCCAUUGUUCUUGAAGAUAUUGAAAAUCAUUAUUACUCAACAAAUGAAAAGAAAGCAAAUUUUUCUUUAAAGUAUAUAGAUUUUUUAACUAAUUCGGAAUGUGAGGAAUCAUCAUAUUUAAAAGAAUAUAAUGUACCACUGACAGUCACAAAAGUCAAUGAUUUACCUGAGCUUAAUUUUGUACUACGUAACAACAUAGAUGAGAAACCUAAUAUUAUUAAUCAUAAUAUUGAUAUUGAUGAAUCUGAUUUACUAAAUCAUAAGUUAACAUCCAUUAAAAACAAUAUAAAUAAGCCCCAAACCCAUCCCAUGCUUAUUGUACCACCUUAUUUAGAAAAAAGUAACAUAGUAGAAGCCGACAUAAAACCUGAAUAUUUUGCAUUCAAUCCAGCUUUAUGUAGAAAUGAGAAAUCUAUAGUAGAACUGGAAACUCCUAAAGCCAAGCAAAAAGUCCGAAUAAUAUCUGAGAAAAAAAUAACCUACCCAGUUCCAGUUACAGGCAAUUUUAAAUUAAUAUCACCAUCUGUUGUAUUAAAUGCCACACAUUUGAAUCAAAACAAUACAAAAACGAAUGAAAUUAUUUCAGAGAACACACCAUCUGCAGAAAAACAGAUAAAUAUUACAGAUGAAAAAACCAAGCCUGUUACACUGCAACCACAACCAAAUGUAAUCCCACAAAAAUCUGAAGAAACACCAAAAAUAAAUACACAUGAAAAACCAAUUUAUACUUCGAAAGAAAGCAACAAUGAAAAGGCUAAACUCUCAUUAUUAAAAAGCAAAAUUACUCCAGAAAGGAUAGCUGCUAUUAAAGAAAAAAGAGAGUUUAAUAAGAAAUUAAAAGAUGUCAUAGAAUCUUGUGUUAUAAAACUAGAAGGAACAGAAAAUGCUAAUGAAGAGAAAUUGCCAGACCAAACUCGUAAGAAAAAUGCACAAACCUCUCCUAAAAGGGGAAUAUUACAAAAAGAUGAAGGUUAUCUCUCUAGUCUUGAAGCUAGAAUGAUCAGAAUGGAAAACUUGUUAUUAAAUAAAAUAGAUCAGAAUUCCCAAAGAAUUAUGGAAUUAAAAAAAACACUACCAACCUCAUCACAAAAGAAAAAAUCAGUAUCAACACAAACAUACUUAAGUGAAGAGGUUUAUAAAAAGUUUCUUUAUAAUGAAAUAUCAAAAUAUUUAAGUGCAGAAUCAAAUAAUAUAAUUUAUGAAGAACUAUUUAUCAAUUUUGCACAAAAUUCUAGUUCACAUCCUGCUACUAAGAAACGGAGACGGUAUAGGUGA